UAUAGCUGUAAACAUCCGGUUAAUAUGGAUUUCAAUUUAUUUACAGAAUCGCGCAGAAUUUAAGGAUGUAUGCUUACGAGGAAACCAGAGAUGGUGCAGAAUCGUAUCAACGAACAGUUCGUGAGAGAGCAAAUGCCAGUCUGCAUGAUCUGGAAGAUGUUUUAACUGGAAGUCCAAAUGCUACCCUAAACACGAGCACCAGAGCUAAAGAACAACUAGCCACAGCCGUACACCCGAGACAUCUUCGUUGGUAUGAGGCAGAGGCUAGGCCACAGAAGUACAGAGAUGCAGUCACCAGUCUACAGCAUAUACUCAAAGACACAGAAACUCAGGCGUCAACCCCAAGCCCAGUUAAGCCGCCCAGCCUCCCCCGAGGACCCCUGCCAGGCCCAGAAGAGACUGCAUCCCUGCUUCAACAACAGGCAGCAUACAUACAGCAGAUAGAAUCUGAGAACCAGUAUAUGAAGGAUGAGUUUGCCAGUGUACGAAUCAAGAUUCGAGAUGUGAUAGAAGAGAACCACAGGCUCCAUGAAGCCCUCAAACACAGCGUGAUGGAGGAGAUUGGUGAUGAUAUGGAACUGAACAAGGUUGGCAGUGUGCCUGAGAAGUUUGGAGAACUUAACAUCAGCAUCAGCCAGGGAGGUGGUCGCCAGUGGCAACAUGAACUGGAAAAGCUGACUGCACUUCAUAAUGCCAAAACAGAUCGGUUAGAAAUCCAGCUUAAUCAUACAAGAGAGGAAGUUGUGAAGUAUGAGCAGUUGGUCGAAGAUCUACGUGCCCAGCUCCGUCUUCGAGACGCUGUGCCUACACAUGAGGACGGGCUCGGUGAUAUCUACCUCUCAGAAUCUCAGCGAGGUCAUCACACAGUCGUCAUAGACCGGCUUACCAGAGAGCGUAACGACCUCCUCGAAGUAAUAGCUGGGUUAAAACACAAGGUUACAGAUAUGGCCCAGCGAGAAGACGAGGCUUAUCAGCAGAUGAAGAAGGGCAUUGAACUUGUGGAGCAGGCCCAGCUAGAACAAACUCAGGCCCUUGUACAGCGGGAACAGCUAGCUGAGGAGUUGAACAACAUGAAGGGUCGUUAUGACAACCAUGUGAUGACCACACAACAGAGGAUAGCGGAGGAACGCGAGGCCACGCGCAAGGAAGGCAAGGUCCUCGUAGACGAACUCAACACCAAGAUCAGAGAGUUGACCGAGCAGUUUGCCUCAGCCCAGUUGGAGAUGGAGAAGGCCUUGAGAGACAAGGUGGAAAUCAUUAACCAGCUUGAGACGGCAAAACUUGAGAUACGAAGAUAUGACAAGGAGCUCUCUUUGGCCACAGAGAAUUUUAGUGCUGAAAGUACCAACUCUAAGAUACAGAAAAGCCACGCCGUUAACGAGGCCAGCAGACUACGCACAGAGUUAGACUCAGUCAGGAGGGAAAAGGAUCAGGAUCGUGACAGAAUGUUAUCAGAGCUGGAUGAUUUCCGGCGACGGCUAAACAAGGCAGAACGAGAACUGGUGAACAGCAAGGAGGAGUGUAUCCACUUAACGGCUAACACACAGGCACUAGAGAGAGAGCUGCACCUUGCCAAGUUAGCUCGUGACAGUGUCGAGAGGGGACGGACGGACGAUCUCAAGGUUAUUACAAGAAGGGCACAGUCCCGCGAGGAGGAACUCACAGCCACUAUUGGUGAUAUGGAGGAGCAACAUGAACACACAACUUCAGAAAUGGACACAGUUUUGUCAAAACAGAAUAAGCUGAUUGGUAAACUGAAAGGCGAGUGUCGCAAGCAGGCUGCCCAGAUAGAGCUCAUUCUUAAAGAAAGAAGGCACGAGACGGGAAAGCUACGUCGCCACAAUGAGGAGUUAAAGAACAGGCUACAUCGCACUAUAGCAAGGCUGAAGGAUCUGGAAGAUCAGGUUGAGCAGCAUUCACGUGUUGAGGAGAAACUUACAGAGAGACUCAAGAUGAUGGACGAACACGCACAGCAUCAGGGUGGGCAGGUGUUGGAGCUGCUUACACGACAGUCUGGCUUCAUGAGAGACAGGCAGGUACUCGCGAGCGAGCUUGAGUUUCUCCGACGUAAUAUCUCAAAGAAUCACGAGGCUGAAGUUGACCAGUUUAUCUCGUCGAACAGGCGAUUGGUUGAUGAAGUGCUUGGUACUGUCAGGACAGAGGCUUCGGAGAAAACGGACCAUUAUGUGACCAGCCAGAAAAAUGUAACUGAGGAUAGUAAUAUAUAUUGAUGGACCUCGAAAGACUUUGUUACAAUGUCUACGUAGCUUGGCAGACAUAUUGGAAUCAUGUUGUCUGUCGUCAUAGUCCAGGGCGUCACAAUUCAUGUGACGUCCACUCUCUAAUUGAUGCAUUUUCUUUGUUGAAACUUUACCAAACUUUGUCAUAAUGUUUACGGGCUUUAUAUCCCUCAAAUCAUCAAAUUUGAUCAAAAUUGAAACAAGAAAAGAAGAGGCCACUUCAAGCAGGCGACAUAUUCGAUUCUGAAAGUUCUAUUUAGUAGAUAUAAGGUAGGAAACUCUCUUUAAAAAUAGAGAUGUUUUGUGAAAAUCACUUAAGGAUGGACCCUUUUCAAAACAAUUCAGACCAGAUUUUUACUAACUUUAUUUAUAUCAUCAGUGAUGUCGCAGCCAUGAAAUAACAUCAUUAUAUAAUUUUGAUAUAUAACUAGUUUAAUAAAUUUUGACGUGACAUAAUAGAUGAAUAGCCUCAAGAAACUGUUAUUUACAUGUUUACGACAAUAAACUACUCUGUCUGUCUGUCUGUCUUGAAAAUAUGUGUGCUUUAUUGCGACGUUUUAAGUAAUUAGCACCUAAAUCAUUAUUUAAGUGUUAAUGAUAUAAAUAGAAUAUGUCAUUCAUCAUUUUUUAUGAUUUUUUUUAAACUUGUUUACUUAAACUUGCCAAGCCUUAGUUUAUCAAUUUUUGAAAACUGUUUUCAAUAAAUUAUCAAUUGGAAUGACAACGAAUGUACCGGUAAUAUGAUCUAAAUAAAAUAUUUUUACAAAUUUGAUAUCAGGCACUGGUUUAUAUGAUAUUUCUGGUAGCAUAUUUGGUAUCUGUUUUUUUUUUAAUGAUCUUUUUUGACUCCAAAUCUUUCAGGAAUGUGUCUGUUUAGGACCAUGAUUUUGAAAGAAAAUCAUUUUUGGUUUUAGAAUCUGUGAUAUUUUAUUGGCAUUGUUUUGCAAGUCUUUAGGUAUCAUUUUGUUGUAAAUACUGAAUUAUUUAUUUACAUGUAGUUGUAUAAGACCUUUAUGCUAAAUAAACAUUGAACUGAC